AUGCUACGCUGGUACCAAGCUCGACUGGCCCGGAAUCCGUUGCUCACACAAAGUAUUGGAAGCGCGGUCCUCUUCGGCGCCGGAGAUGUCUUAGCACAGCAACUCGUCGACCGAGUCGGCAUUGAGAACCAUAACUAUGCCCGAACGGGUCGAAUGGCACUCUAUGGCGGCGCCAUAUUUGGCCCUGCUGCCGCGACUUGGUACAAAUUCCUUGCACGAAACGUAGCUCUCAAAAAUCGCACACUCACAUUAGUUGCCAGAGUGUGCAGCGAUCAGCUCCUGUUCACUCCGACGCACCUCUUCGCCUUCCUCUCCUCGAUGUCUGUGAUGGAAGGUAACGACCCUAUCGAGAAGCUCCGAACUAGCUUCUUGCCGGCGUACAAAGCGAACCUGAUGUUAUGGCCAUGGGUACAAGCUGCAAACUUUUCGCUCGUGCCACUCGAACAUCGAGUAUUGGUUGUCAACGUUGUGAGCUUGGGAUGGAAUUGCAUUCUCAGCCUCAUCAACAGCAAGAAGCAGCCAGAAAUGAUUUGA